ACAUGGCGUCCAGGCCGAAGCGGCGUGCGGUGGGUAGUGGGGCUCCGCAGCCUUCAGGCGUCCCGGACCAGCGCGACGAGGAAGAAGAGGAAGAUGAAAUGGAGGAUGAGGACGAAGACGAUGGAGACAGUGACGAAGAAGAGGAUGAAGACGACGAGAGCGUCGACGAGGAAGUGAAUAUUGAAUUUGAAGCUUACUCCAUCUCUGAUAAGGAUUAUGACGGAAUUAAGAAGUUACUGCAGCAGCUUUUCCUAAAGGCUCCUGUGAACACUGCAGAACUAACUGAUCUCUUAAUUCAACAGAACCAUAUUGGGAGCGUGAUAAAGCAAACGGAUGUUUCAGAAGACGGCGAUGACGAUGUGGAUGAAGAUGAGAUUUUUGGGUUCAUAAGUCUUUUAAAUUUAACUGAAAGAAAGAAUAAGAUGCCGGUCAGACUUCAUCUUCAGGUUUUACGUGAACUCUCCAGUUACUGCCACCUGUCUUUACAAGAUGGACUGGGCUUGCUAUUCUGGACUGGUACCCAGUGUGCUGAGCAAAUUAAAGAGCUGAUCCUGAGCUCCUGUGAGAAGAGCUGUGGAAAGAGCUUGGUAGAGCAGCUGGACACACAUCUGAACGACACCUCCAAGCCUGUGGGCUUUCUCCUCAGCGAGAGGUUCAUCAACGUCCCUCCUCAGAUCGCGCUGCCCAUGCAUCAGCAGCUCCAGAAAGAACUAGCGGAGGCACACGAAACUAACAAGCCAUGUGGGAAGUGUUACUUCUACCUCCUGAUUAGCAAGACAUUUGUGGAAGCUGGAAAAAACAAUUCCAAAAAGAAAGGGAACAACCAAAAGGAGGAGGAAUUAAUGUUUGCAAAUGCGGAGGAAGAAUUUUUCUAUGAGAAGGCAAUCCUGAAGUUCAGCUACUCGGUGCAGGAAGAGAGCGACACUCGUCUGGGAGGCAGGUGGUCCUUUGAUGAUGUCCCGAUGAAGCCCUUGCGAACCGUGAUGUUGAUUCCAGGUGACAGGAUGAACGAAAUCAUGGAUAAACUCAAAGAACAUCUUUCUGUCUGACCCAUUUCCCAUGGACAGUAGUGGGGUGGUUUUGUGUAUAUAAAAUUACCAGAAAACAGCUCAGAUUUACUGAAAAACUCGUGACUUUAUUCAGAGUAAGCUCCUCUACAAAAAAGUAGGGCUCUGUCACCUAUGUGUGUGACCCAUUUACAAAAUAGCUUUUUAAAAAAAUUUGGUCAAAUUAUGAAUGGUUGAUUAAAAGCUUUUCCAAUAAGAAGGAAAACGUGGAGUCGUAAUUUAAAGAACUCAAUAAAAACCUCUAUUUUUUUAUUUUUAAA